AGGGUGCGCAGCUUGGCACUAUUGUCUCUUUUGGCACGGAUCUUCCAACAUGAACCUGUUCUGCUUCACACUGGAUGGCUCCACAGAAAGCAUGUAUGAACCACCCUACGGACAAACACUCAAGGAAGUACCUCCCAAGUACCAGUGCAGCCCUUCUCUUCACAGGUGUAAGCUCGAAUGGGGCGGCUCCGAUCCAGUCAUCAGUUCUGACCGACCUGAGAGUACAAUAAAAGUAAAGAGGAAUAACAGAAGGUCCUGUACGCCGACAUUAGCCUCGGAGAAUGAAAUAUUAGACAAAGACAGUAAUUAUACCUGCUGGGUGUCAUCAGGUGACAAGAAGGACUUUUCUCAUCACAUGAAAGAGGUGUGUACAGCUCCAUGUCAGAGCAGCAUGUUGACAAGAGACGACAGAGUGAAGGAGCAGAACUCUGACAGGACAACGAUAGAUCUACCAGCUCAGGGUGGUGAAACUGCAGCUGACACAGCAGAAUCAAUACACGCCACAGGAAUACUAAAGAAGUUACAGAACCUGGUGCAAACAAAGAAGGCACAUCAGGCUGGAGCUGGGAGAGGGAAGAGGACAUCGGAGAAUAAUGAUCACUUGGCAGAUGUGUCGAGUAGCAACAAUCCAGUGCUAACCUGCAUCGGCCUGGGGAAGAGAGCAGAGAACAAGCCCUCCAUGACGACUCCAUCACCACAGCGGCAACAGCAGCUGACCAGAGAUGUCCAUGAAGAUUCAGAAGAGGAAGGAGUUUGGAGUCCACAGCUUGGAAAUUAUCAGUGGAACCCAUUUGAGUGUCCGCAGCCCUGGACUCCCUUCUACCACACCUGUCGCCAACCUCGACACGAGCCGUCGGUGUGCGGCGGCACCUUGCCGCUGCCCCGGACGACUGAGUGGGAUCGCUUUGAGAGUUUGAUACAGGAACUGGACAGCAAACAGUCUGAUCUGUCUCCUCCAGAAAUGAUCCGCUUCAUCACGGAUCUGCCGCUCCCACAGAACACAUUGACCAGAUUGGGGAGAUUUGACGCCUUCAGACAGCCCUCCCCUCCAAUGAAGCCACCCGAAAAUGAGAGCGCUCCGCUAAAGCAGGAGCAGGCAAGUGACCCAACCAAAGCGAGGCCGCAGAGGAGGGAGAGGGAGACCUCAUCACACAGUGACAGGAAGCAUGUGGAGGCCUCACCUGAGAAACCGCUGACAGCAAUCACUACUGGAAACACACAGAAAGAUGGAGCAGAGAAGAGGGGAUCUGGUAGGCGACCAUUUAGUAAAGGACACGGGCGGUCCAGUAACUCUCUGGAAAGCCUCUACAGCCUCAACAGUGGACAAAGCUCCUCAAGUGGAGUCACCAGUGGGUCAGGCUGCUCCAGUAACAGAGACAGUCUGAGGCUGGAGGACGAUCCAUUGUACACAAGAUCGCUCUGUGGCAGAGCAAAAGUCCAUACAGACUUCGUGCCAAGUCCAUAUGACACGGAAUCCCUCAAACUCGAAGUGGGAGAUGUGAUCGACAUAAUUGCCAAGCCCUCCAUAGGGAUAUGGACUGGCAUGCUGAAUGGCAGGACGGGAAACUUCAAGUUCAUUUAUGUGGAUGUGCUAACAGAGAGUCCUCAUACGCACAUGGAAACACAAACCCGCAGAGUGAGACAGAAAUCAACGGUCCAGGAAGUGUUGAAGCACCUCAGUAUGGAGGAGCAUUUCUCCUCUCUACAGCUGAAUGGUUACCAAAGAGUGGACGACUUGAUGAGGCUGAGGGAGCAUCACCUGACGGAGCUGAAUGCAACUGAUCCAGAGCACAGGCUUCGUCUGCUUGCCGCUGUCCACUCCCUGCAGCAACUGCGCUCUGACAGUCAGUUGGAGAACGAGACCCCCGGCGAGAACGUGAAGGCGGAUACGAACAACUGCCCAAGAGACUCCGGCUGCCACAUGCCAUCUGACAGCCCUGACAACAGCACAGAGGACACAGACCUGCACUUUAUCUCUGAGUACCUGCUGCCAGCUGAGACAGCAGCUUCGUGAGAAUAAUCUGUUUUCUGUUUAUUCCUUAUGCUGGUUUUAAGACGACUUGUGAAUAAAAACCUGUUUUUCUAUGACUUGGAACAGCGUAAUUUCUCAUCCUUUACAAUAAAACGGCCUUGCUGAGCCUUUAACACUGCUAAUCCUCAACUCCACCACUGUACGCCUGUAAACAUUUAAUUGUUUCCUUAAAAUAAAAGAUUGAAUUAAUCUUUGUUCUUUUUAGUGUAAUUAUAAUUUACUGCGGUUGACAGACUUCAGACAGAAUCAUGAUGAAAUGUAUAAAUGCUCUGUUUGUACUUAACAUUACAGUUAAGGUGGUCGACUCCACGGACAGCAACAGACCAUUCCGUAAAAAGUAGAUUAUUUUAAGUAGUACAGAUUUCUAAGGCUGCAACUAAGAGCUAUUUUGUUAUUAUAAAUCAAUAUGCCAAUUAUUUUCUUGAUUUCUUGAUUAGUUGUUUGAUGUAUAGCAUGUCAGAAAAUAGUGGGGA